GUUUGUUUCUACCUCUUCCUCUUCUAGUGGAUUUUGGGCACUGUGGCAGUAAAAGUGACAAGCAUUAGUGUAGCACAGCCAACUUUACUGCCACAGGUGUAGUUGUGGUCCUCAGGAUAUUAUUGCUCACCCACCACAGGAUCAACAUGUUACGACGGAAACCAUCCAAUGCCUCAGAAAAGGAGCAGCCCCAGGUGCAAAAGAAGAAGUUGACACUGCAAAGGUCCAGUAGCUUCAAAGACUUUAUGAAGUCAAAGCCAGCGUCACCUGUUGUGAGUGAGGCCGCCUUCGAUGAAACUAAGUUGGAAGGGGCACCACCAGAGGAUUCUGGAAAACAUAAUGUGAAACUGGGAAAGAGAUGGCGAAACGUCAUAUCUCGCACAAUGUCCCGUAAAACAUCCAAGAUGGUACAGAAAGCUCUUGCAGAGGAAGGGAAUGAGAGUGGCGAGGAUGGCUCUAUGUCUCCCUUGUCUCCAAGUGACUGGAUGCCAGAUCUCUGUGCUGGGAACAGAACAUCUGUGUGCUCCAACAGCUCAGAAGACACAAUACACAGCCCUCUCUCACGCCAGCUCUCUGGAUGUGCUGAUAGACAGAGUUUGGACAGUGGCUUUAGCCAGAGAGACAGUAUGAGACUGGAGGACAGCACCUACACAGGGCCCUUCUGUGGUAUAGCCCUAGUCCACACUGACUUCACCCCCAGCCCAUAUGACAUUGAAUCCCUAAAACUGCAGAAAGGGGAUAUCAUCCAGAUUAUUGAGAAGCCACCAGUAGGCACCUGGACUGGUAAACUCAAUAACAAAGUCGGCUCCUUUAAAUUCAUCUACGUCACUGUGCUACCAGAGGAGGACACACCACCAAAGAGGAAACGAUGCUCUAGUAAGGGUCGCCAGAACAAACCCAAACCAAAAAGCUUGGAGGAAGUUCUAGAGCGAAUAGGCCUGACUGAGCUGGGAUCUCUCCUGUCCAUGCAUGGCUUCCAGAGUUUGGAGGAUUUUUGUGGCCUAAAGGAGUCCCACCUGAAUGAGUUAAACAUAACAGACCCUGAACAUUGUGCCAAGAUACUUAAAGCUACAGAACUGAUUCAUGACUCGGAGGACGAAUCCGAUGAAGAGGACAUAUCUGAGCAAAAGACUGAAAUGCCACGGGAUUCAGGCUGUUACGAGAGCACAGAGAACCUGGCAAACGGGCGUGGGGAGCCCCAGGCGGAAUCCCAGACUGAGGCAGAGAUAGAUCCUAACACAGAUGUAAAUGCGGUUCAGCAGCAGCUGGAGGAGAUGAAGGUGGAGGAGAGUCUGGAGAGUCAAACAGAGUGAAGACCACAGAAUGUUCCUUUGAUCCUGCUACUUGUAAACUAUUUUAACCUCACUGAUGGAUUGAGGGUAAUUGUCAUGGCCCUUUGCUGGACCAUAUCCAUGAAUAGAAAUUAUUUCAAUGUACAAAAGAAGCCAACAGGUCUUCUUAGAAGCUGGCACAAAAUUCUUGAAGGUACAAAUUUCAUGCUGGACUUAGCCGUUAUCUUUUAUAUUAUUGGUCAGAACUACUUUGAAACAAUCCAUAAUCAUAAACUGCAUAAAGUGAUAUUGGAUUCAACCUGUAGCUAUGUUCUUUUACAUACUAAAAUAAAAAAAGGCAUGGUGAUACCCAAAAGUUUUUAUUUUAUUAUAAAUAAGUAAGCCAUAUUUUCUAUGAAAUAAUUAAUGUACUCUAUGACCAAACAUUGAUUAUCUAAUAUCUGAGGUUCAUCAUCAUUGCUUUAGCUAUGAAGUAGCAUAUAUUACUUUUCUAUUGUUUUUAGUUUGUUUUUUGUCAUUAUGAAUGUACAGAGGAAUACACAAUUAGUGCACUCAAAAAAAAAAAAAAAAGGUGAGACACAAAGAUGGGAAAACCAAAUUGUUUGGUUAACUCAAGGUUUUAAGUUGUGUACUUGCAAAUUCUUUUGCUUCUAUAGUUUUUGGUAAUGAUGGUUAUAAUAUGGUUAUGUUUAUGUUCAUGUAGUUUUCCAAGCCAUUGUUGUAGAUUUUAAUCCGUUUUUAGCCUGUUCAUCUUUGUAUUGAUGUCAGUCUUUCUCAAUUGUAGUGUCAAUUUGUAUUAGUUUUGUUAAAGUUUUUAAAGAAAUAUUUGAACAAAAGAAACUUUAAAUAUUUAAUUAACAUUUUGAAACUACAUCACAAAAAGAAUUUCAUGAACAUACAUAUACACACACACAAAUCCUUAAACUAUAAAGUGAAGAGUAUGAGAUAUACAGGAUCACAGUGUUAUAACCAAGAAAAGUAAACAACUCAGUUUGUGAUGUUAUGCAUCGUAUCCACAUAUCUAGAGCAGACUAUCAUUUACUAAUAUUGAAAACACAUUUCUACACUGCCUUGGCAUUAAAGAUUUUGAUUUUGUCGAGCCUCAUUGGUAAAUCAGCACAUUAGCUGCACAAUUACAUGAAACAAUUUUAUGGUAAAUGUGUAUAUAUAUAUAUAUAUAUAUAUAUAUACACACACACAUAUAUUAAAUGGGAAUGUUGGAAUUAAUUAUGAACAACUUUAAAAAAAAAAAUAAAAAAAAAAGCAAUUUAUUUUAUAUAUAUAUAUAUAUA